AUGUUAAACAGCAGUCUAAGUUCAGCCGUCAGCCUUCACGAUAACUCCUCCAUCCCCGAGGGUUACCAUGGUCCUCCACUGUGGUAUCACUACCCCGAGUGUGAAAAGACUCCUUACACGUUUAUUUUCUACUACGGAGUCAAGGUGCUGAACUUCUUGGUUGGAUCACCAAGUAAUAUCUUGGUCGUCUGGCAGAUUGCUAGCAAGAAAAAGAACAGCUCCACGUCUGACGUCUUCAUCUUCAAUUUGGCUUUAUUAGAUGCGUACUUCUGCUUGAUGACACCCAUAGAGCUGCUCAACAGGAUGCUGUGGAGUAACAAUUAUGUCUGGUACUUCCAGAGGUUUGCGUACGGGGUGAAGGACUUAACGCCGCUUUUUCUUGUGUGUAUCUGCAUCGAUCGCUACAUGGCCGUGGUCAACCCAGUGAUUUUCUCCAGAUACCGAGACAACAUGGCCCGAAUCGCCAUUUCUGUCGUGGUCUGGAUUCUGAUAAUUCCCUACAGCCUGACAAAAUCGAUCCUUGGAAUCAUGAGCGUGGCGGACGUCUUCGGCGGGGUCAUCCUCUUUGCAUUUGCGGUUAUGGUCUUCUGCAACAUCUCUGUCAUCUGGGUUCUCCGUCACUCCGUGGCAGGAAAGGAGGUGAUGCAUCCAGUGAAGAAGAAAGCCUUGAAGAUGGUGCUGAAAAACCUGGCCAUCAUCGUGGUCAACUAUCUGACUCCUGUGGCCACCAUGCCCUUCGUGUCAGCUUACACCAAUAUUGAGUACCGUUGUUUCAUCGGCAUCAUCGUGUUCUCCAUCAUGGAUCUGAGCUGCGUCAUCGAGCCCCUCCUCUACAUCACAAAGAUGGAGAAGCUGAAUGUUAUGUGCUGCAGGGUGGGCUCUACAGAAAGCUUGAACAACAAGGCUCCGUCUGUGUCGGGAGAGAAAAAAACCCUCCAUCUGAGCCCUGCACUUUACACAGAGCGGUGCGUUCACUAG